AUGGACCACGGCGACCACAGCGGACACGGCGGGCAUGAUAUGCCCAGCAACGACACGCCGAUGGCCAAGUGCAGCAUGAACAUGCUGUGGAACCAUCAGGUCGCCGACACAUGCGUCGUCUUUCGCUCCUGGCACGUUUCCGGUUGGGCGGGAAUGGUCUUCUCCUGCUUUGCCAUCAUUGCAAUCUCGGUCGGCUAUGCGGCCCUCCUCGCCCACUCGCGCAAGUAUGAACGGGGACUCGCCGCCGAGCUCGCCGCUCAGCCCCGUCCGCCGACGGUGGCCAGCUACUCUGCGGUCCCGACAGACGAAUCGGGCAAGCUUGGCGUCACCGACGUCCCCCUCUCGGCCCGCGUCCGCCGUGCGGCCAUGUAUGCGGCAUCGGUUGCCAUCUCGUACUUUCUCAUGCUCGUCGCCAUGACGUACAACACCUACCUCUGCUCGGCCAUCGUCAUCGGUGCAUUCCUCGGUCACCUCGUGUAUGAAGGGCAGCUCGACCUCAACAGUGUUCUGAAUGGAAGCUCUGCUCGUGGCCUGGCAUGCCACUAG